GUUGGUCGACGUUCUGUUUCGCUCGCGUGCGAGGAGGGUGAGCGGAGCUCGCGUUUGUUACGUUUCCGAAUUUGUUUUCCGUGGCACUUCACCAGCAGUUCACCCUCGGUGGGCAAUGUUUUGCGUUUUUGUUUGUAUGACAUGCGCAAGGGAUACUGAAAAUCCCCCGAGCGACAGGCCCUGACGGCGCGCACCGAGUGAAACCCCUGCAUGCACUUUCGUGUUUGGUGCCUCCCAAAUCGAACGCAUCGCCGCCGAACCGAACGUCUCGCUUUGACGUCCAUUCAUCAUGGCUACGUCUGCCGUGGCCAUGAAAUGGCUGGAACUUCUGGAAAAGGAGUUUGAUAGGGCCUACCUGGACUUGGACAUUCUUUUGGGAGAGGUAGACGAGGAACAAUGCGACAUCACGUACGAAGCCCGCCGGAGGAUGUCUGCCCUCAGCAGCGCCUUCGCCCAGCUGUGUCACAAGGCUCAGACGGUGUUCGAAACCAACGAGAAACAAGAGUGUCAACUACAGGAGCUCAAGUCCGAUCUUUAUGAGGCGCAAUCAACUAGUGCUGUGCUGAAUAAGGAGCUUCAGCAUUUGGUGCUGCAGCUGCAUUCAGCCCAGCUGCAAGUGUCUGCGCAGAUGGGGCAUGCAGGCGACUCUACUGCAAUCAAGCAGAAACUGGAACAAGAGAUGACUAUGUACCGAAUGGACCUGGGCCGUGAGAUGCAGCUAGAGGCAGAGGUUGCCCAGCUGCGCAAGGAGAAUGCUACGCUUCGCAGGGACAUUGUGUCCCUGCAGAGCGAAGUGUUCGGGGCCAAGCUGGCUGCCAAGUACCUUGACAAAGAACUGGCUGGCAGGAUCCAACAAAUACAACUGCUUGGCAGAGACCUAAACCCAAGUGAACAUGACCGGCUUUGGAAUCAGCUGGAGUCUGAGAUCCACCUGCACAGGCACAAGGCAGUAAUCCGAGCCUGCCGAGGCCGGUCCUCCAAUGCUGCUACCCUACCCGGGCCAGAGCUUGCAAUGCCCGACGAAGGCACUCCACUGCGCCGCCACCAGGGAAUCGGGGAUGUGCGGACCGUGCGACUGACCAAGGGCAAGGACGAAGGACUAGGAAUCUCCAUCACGGGUGGUCUAGAGCACGGUGUUCCCAUAGUCAUUUCUGAAGUUCUCCCAGACAUGCCAGCCUGGAGGAGUGGCAAGCUGUUUGUUGGAGACGCCAUCCUUGCUGCCAACGGUGUUGACUUGAGGGAAGCAAAACACAAUGAUGCUGUCAAGGUUCUUUCAGGCUUGCAAGGUGAGAUUACCCUCAAGGUCCUGUAUGUUUCACCUGAUGAGGACAGUGAUGAUGAGACGCAGGACAGCCAGCACCUAAGGUACCACUUCUUUUAUCCGGAAGACGUCAGUGAGACUAGCGUAGCUCCAAGUGACGAUGAAAACGGUGUGGUGGAUCGGUCCCUGUCACGCUUUGCCACAUCACCUCACACGACACCCGGUCAUGGGGUCACCACAGCAGUACCUGGUAUCGCAGUGCCUGCUACACCUGAAGCCAGAGCAAAGUCCAGUGAGAAUGUCAGCCCAGAAGCCCCACCUGAGGUCAAAGCUGUUACCAAUGGUUCACCUGCUAAGUCGGCCGCUGAAGUGAAUGGAACCACUGCCACUGAGCAAAGAGCUGUUGCUACGUGAAUGGAGCCGUGAGCUCACGACACGCUGUGAUGAGCUUAAAAUUUGUUACAGCUUUUACUGGUGGUUCAAAACAGCAGUUCACCAACUCUCCUGCUACUCUGUGCAACUCACACACACUUGUCGGCGCUAAAUUAAAAGAUUGUUUGAGUACAAUGUGAUUUAAUCAUUCCAAACAGCUCUUGAUAUCUGUACUUUUAUACACAUUUGUGUAAUUUCUUUUAACAUUUAGUUUCGUUAAUAACGUUGAAUAGCCUCUUUAAACUAUAGUGUACUUGCAUGUACAAAACGUGUUUAUGGAGGUGUCUGAACUGUUAUUGACGAUUUGCAGGGUGUGUCUUGGAAUCUCGCAUUUUACUGUCAGUAGCAUAUGUUCGUGUGCAUUUUUAUACUUCGCAAAGUGGGGAGCGAUGCUGGCCACAUCCAGAAAGUGUUUUGAGAACUGUUGUCAGAUGGGCAUGACUGUUUCAUUGGCCCGUGCUACUGUGAAUUGUGUUAAUGUCACACUGCAGCCUAGCACAAUGCGCAUUCCACUACCACAGUGCAUAGUCUCAAGGCAACGCAUCAGGUGUGUUAGUGCCAAAGCAGCUGCACAAGCACGGUCGGUGGCUGGGAACGGUGUUUUCUACGGUGAAGAAGCUUCUUUGUCGCAUAUAACAAGAGCUUUUGGUGGUAUUGUGGCCAGAAUGGGUAUCAGUUAAUUAGUUAGUGCAUACCAAUUUCUUAGUGGUCAGAUGUAGCUGACAUCGUGGUGAAGAGGUUAAUAAAAAAUAAGACAUUGCCUAUGGCCACCACACAUUGAAAUCACGUCACCGUGGCAGUAUGAAUCUGGGAGCUGGACGUUCUAACCACUGAGCUAUUAUGCAAUUUUGUGCUUGGCAUUUUGUUUGGUGAUUUGGAGCGGGUGUGACACUGAUUCAAAGAAACUGUGCAUGUAUUUCGGAAGCAACAGCAGACAAUACAGUAACGCACCAUAGCUUGUGCUGUCAUAACAAUGAAAAGGCAGUCGCCAGCCAGGUAGCUUGGUCUGUAAAGGUCUCAGAAGUGUUCGAGGGUAAAUUGGCAAUGAUAGAUUGCUUGUCACAAGUAUGUAUAUUUUUCUUCCCCUUGAUAAAGGCUUCCCAUAAGACAUACUGUGUUACGUGUUCUGUGGAAUACCUGCCACAGUGACUCAGUGGCUAGAGCAUUGCGCUGCUGAGCACGACGACCCAGGUCAGAAUGCAAAAACACUCAUAACCUCAGGUGUUUCAAAAUAAUCCGGUGCCCCCCCAGUGGUGAACCCAGUGAUGAAGCUUCAACUUAAUAGAAUUUCUAGCCUCAAUGGCUUGUUGGCAUGAACUGUGGUCACAGAUUUCAUUGUGCUAUGCUGUAGCAUUGUGAUGUUCAGUACAUAGGUUCCUUCAAGCUUUUUCUUUUCCUUUGCGCACAAACAUGUGUACUCGGUGGAACAGCAUCUACAUAACAGAAGCAUAUGGACCACUGUGUACAUGACCAGCAUGUUCUGUAUCAUGUGCUAGGGCUCCUGUGACAUACCUGGCAUUGUGAAGAUUUAGGUAGUGAAAAAAAGAGUUCUUAUUUUCCAAAGCCACAAGGUGCUGCAGGUGCUAUCGAGGCUGUGCACACAGCUUGGUCUUAGCCCGAGUUGGAUGCAGUGCAUCUUGAGUAUGUUUGAUGAAGAGUAUUUAUUUCUGAAAGUGCCCAAAGCUCUAGGCCUUAGUAUUGGUGCACUUGUGUUACACAAAGAACAGAAAAUAAAAACAAUGAUUGUGCCAGAGAAAGAAGUUUUUCAUGCAUCAACAACGUCGGAUAAAACAAAUAUAACUGCUUGAUAAAGUUUCGUGCUGGCAUUCCAUCAUUUUGUCCACGUUAUGUUUGCUAAGCUUAAACAAAGUACCAAAUAUAUUAAGUUUUGCAUCUUUCGUACCAGUUGAGGUAUGUGGGAUGUUCAUUUCGCAGCUCUUGAUUAAAACUUGUAUGAUGAUGUGCCUGGUGUAACGACCCUAUAAGGUUUUUUUUUUUUUUUACUUCAGACUUUCCCAUAACAGUUUUUUUUUUUUUUCUUUUUUAACUUCAGACUUUUCCAUUGCCUUAAACGCUGCAAAUGUCAUUCACUGUUGUUGUCAAGUGCAUAAUGGUAAAACCUUUUGGUCUAGGGAAGUGUAUAGCUGCAUGCCAGUCGGUGUUGAUUCUAUGAACAUUUUUGUACUUAAAAGUGCAUUCUAAGGGACUCCAAGUGCUGAAAAUUGAUGUGAAGUCCUCCAGGCAGUGCAGCUGUGACAUCAGGGAUGUCACUUUGGAGUGUAAAACCCUAUUAUUUGUUGGCCAGGACUGAAGCUUGGGCUAGUUGCAACUUUUUGGUGCUGCUUUACUGAUCUCCAAUAAUUUUUUUUUUGUGUGUGCAUAGAAGCUCUUGAAAUAGAUGUGAAGAGUGUUAACAGCUGGGGUUAGGAAAGCAUGAGGUUUUGUAAUGAAUGACAAGUCAUUAUUACUUAUUAAAAAUAAUUAAUUUUCAUAUUAAUGUUGGUGCUUGCAAUAUUGUGAAAUGAAAAAAGUCAUUUUGCUUGUCUAACAGGACGUUGUGAAGCACACAUUUGCUAGUGUGUGCCGCUGUGUAUUUCCCUUUGAAGUCUUGUUUCUUGCAAAUAUUCAGUAGUCGCAUUAUCCAUUGUGAAAAUAGUAGCUCUCUUUUACCAUGUCAUUUAUUUUUACAGGUCUUUCAUACUUGUAGUUCAUUGAUGCUGCUGUGAAAUACAAAGGCAGAACAGAUUAGCGUACAAGUUAUUAAACUUCUGCAAUGUUACUUCAUUUCAGUGCCAUACAAUCAUAUCCAUCUUAUCGCUUAGUGUUUGGCACAUGCCAGAAAAAGUAACAGGAUCAGUAUUUCUGCCUUUCACAACAAGUCGCAAAGGCUGAAGUAUAUUCUGAUGCGUCAACAUUAGUUAUUUAAAAUGGAACUGUUGUAGCACUCCGCUUGUGGACAAAACAUUAUUUAAUGCCAGAGCUAACGGUGGCACUGCAGCUUUUAUCAACAAAUUAUUUCAUUGUGGAGAACUUCUAUAUUACAAAGUUUCACCCUAGACAGUUGUAAUGCACUUGAUUCAUCAUGCAAGGCUUAAAUGACUACUGUAUAGAAUUUGUCAAGUCUCCUGGUAGCCGAUGAAGUUCACACGCCAGUUUCAAGUUCUUGGUUUAUUUUUAUCUCGCACACAAUUUGUUUAGGGUGUGCUUUGUUUAGGGUGUGUGAAAUUCACAGGUUGCAGAUGCUUGUUGGUGUGAUUGCAGAAAUGACAUCUUUGCGCUAGUGUAACACUGACAGAUUUGGGAGAAAGAGCAAAGGAUUGAAAGAACAUGCUUGAACUUUGCAAGCUGAAGCCGCAAACAAAAUCUUAACUUGAAACACACGAUCUUAUCGGCAUCAAAGGUGCUGUAAUAGGGUUGAAGUUCUCAGUUUAGUCAUUGGCCUCCAUUCAAACUGCUGCUUAGGGGAUUAAACCGCCAACUCACAGUAAAGACUGUCCCAUGAGGCUACCGAGGAAACCGAGAUACAUCACUGUAGUGUACAGUCUGAAGCAACUUGAAGGUGUGCCCCCCCCCCCCCCCCCCCGAGUGAAAAUUGAACACAAUCAAAGCACAGUGCUGCAGCCGAUUUUAGAAGUAGCUCCAAGCUUGGGUGAUUAUUUGGCUCCUCCAGUGCUCAGCAACAUCCACAGAAAAACAGAUCUAUACAUGUGUUGGUGCUUAUGCAGUAACACACAGUUAAUGUAGUAGUGCUGUUGCUCUGCAAAUCUGUGCACAUAUGUGCAUUCUUGUGCAGUUAUGUGUUAGAAGUGGUCCAGUAUGUUGCAAUAUAAAACCACUGUUGAUACUUUGCCUUCAUCUGUGCCUUUGCCAAAAUAUUUUUCAGUACUUAAAGGCUGCUUGAACCACCAAAUAUUUGGCGAAAACUUUCACUGGCAGCAUGCACCCAUUGUCUCAUAUCUACCCAUUCAGUGUGCUCCUACAUGCAGUGUACCGACUAGUACUGAGUAGCCCAAGACACAUGCGCUGCAAACUUAAACUUGGCAACUUAAGCCACAUAAUGAACCCUUCAUAGCUGCUUUCCCACGAGGCACGGCUGCUUUUUCACGAGACCCUUCUCCAACAAGUCUACCUGGGGGUCUAGCGACUGCUCGGCUAAUUUCUUUCACGAUGUUACAGGCUGUACAGCAUAAGAAAAUGUCAGUUCGCCUUAUCCUAACAGGGCAUGUUCAUAAUGCUUAUACCAUGUGUAUUUAGUUGAAAUUCACUGUGCAAUUUUUUAUUUGGAACAUGCAGUACAGUCCAGUAUGAGAUUCAGCAUGUCACCCAGUGACCUGCACUGUAGGCGAUUUAUGCAUGUGCUAAAGUAUGGUCACCUGUGGCUGUAGUCCGAUGAUACGAGGAGAGAGCUAUUGCAGAAGAUGUGCUCCAGCUAGCACUGUCUUCACUUCUGUGCAUGAUCUGCUCACACUCUAUGUUGCAUCUCAUGUCGGACUGUUUUGUACUACUACUACCCACUGUAAAAAAUUUGUGUAAAACAGAAAGAGCCCCCAUAUCUGGUGUAAACUCUUGUCUGAUGUGAAUGUCUAGUCCCAAGCUGCACAUUUUAACAUUGCAUUUGUUAUUCAGUGUUUUUUGUUUGAAUUUGGGCAUGCUGCAUUGAAUUCUCAUUGCAUGCAAGGUGCAUAACUUAAGAACAUGGAAAUAAAAGACAUCAUAAAAUGUGUCUUGCAUUUAA